CCUGCCUUACCCGCAAUUUGUCAUCUCGUCUACAAAACUUUAAGCGCGACUUAAUCUGGAUCCAGUUCAAAUCCGAAUCUUCGAAAUGACGCCAUUAAUUUUUCUCUUAGCGAUACAAAGUGUUUGGGGUACAGAAAAUAUUUUCGCGACAGAAAAGUUUUUCCCUAGUGAUGUGAUCGAAGUUUUUUCUGGAAGCGGUAUCGAAACUUCGGCUCGAAUUGAAAACAACCCUGACAGUAACGAACCAGUGAGGAGAUUUUUGAAAAGCUACAAUUCUUUAAGACCUGUUGCAGUACUAGCUGACGAAACUGAGGAAAGCCUUGCAGCUGCUGCUGAUUUUAUGCAGGAUGUUUUUAGGAUAGCGCCUGGUGCCAAGCAAAUAACGUUUUUUGUGUCAAAGUUCAACAGUUCAGGUACAACUACUUUGACGGAAAUUUCUGGUAAUAACCCUGAACAAAUUUACCAGUUCUUUAGCUAUCAAAAUAAAAGUGACAAUUCGGAAUUGGGAAAAAAAGAAUCAACAGGAACACUAGCAUUUUACGCCACGUUAAAUGCCAUUUCAGCUUUGCCGCAAGAUGGAGCUUUACUUAUUUUUAUUGACAGAAAAAUUAACGACGAAGACUUGGCUGGACAUACAGGGAUAGUGAGAAAGAAAAAUAUCAAGGUUUAUGUCGUAUGGGGUGGUCCAUAUCCAACGAAAACGAGCGAAGAAAAAUUGUUAAAAGAAUUAUGUUCCUAUUCGGGUGGUUUAUUCUUAACAAAUGGAGUUAAAGAUUUGUCAAAAUACAAUUACAGAGGAUUUAUCAAUAAUAAUGAUACAAAUACUGUAGUGUCUACAAUACUUACAAAAAAGAAUCUAUCGUCCGACACGAAUUUUACUUUUCCAAUCGAUUCAGAAGUAACAUGCAUCAACUUAAUAUUAUCUCCAGAAAAUAUCGGAGGCACUUUAACGACACCAACAGGUCAGCACGUGGAUGUACAAGAUAACGAUUCGAUAACAUCGCAUGGAACUGGAUCGUUUGGUAUAACGGAACGAGGUCACAGGGAAGUGUAUUUGCAAAGCGUCGGCGUCGGCUUGUGGCGUCUCGACGUCAGAGCUUCGACGUUGGCUGUACCUUGUAAUGUAACGGUUUUUGUAUGCAGCAGGCUCACAGCGCAUGCCUAUUUUUUGAACGAAAACCCAGGUAACAAUUUGGACAAGAAUAAAAAGAAAAUACUAAAAUUGGACUUCACUGGACGUUUAGGUACUGUAAAUAAUAUUACUUUCAUUGACAGUACGGGACAUUUGCUAAAAAAUGAACUAAAAUACGAUGUCAUGAAGGGAUUCUUAGUGAAGGACAAUGAUAGAUUUAAUAAAGAUAUUGAUGUUGAAAUUGAUCAACUUCCUGAUCAGCCUUUUCAAGUUCUUGUACAAGGAACUGAUACAAAAGGGAACCAUUUUUCCAGAUUAACUUAUAUAAACGAAAAGAAUUAUAACAAUAAUGCGUUUCCACAACCAAUUUUAUCCGUAGAUGUAGGAUUGAAUUCUGAACUCAUAAUAACUGGUGGUAGACCAUCAAUAAUAACAUUUGAAGUAACAAACUUAAAAAGUGAGGCUGCAGAUGUAAGAUUUUACUGCAGAGACGAACAAUCUAUAUUAGGAAGCAUGCAACCUUACAGGAGAGUCUUUGCUCCACAAGAAACAACUCUAGUAACUUUAACUUUAACGAGUAGAUAUGGUACUUAUCAAGACUUAAUAACUUUCACAGCCUCGGUAGGAUCAGAAUAUGUCGAAAAAAAGGUUAUUGUAGAUGUAGGUAUGUCAUCACAGGUUACUACUGAUCACACUUUACCUUCUUUGGAUUAUUCCUACUUAAGUGAUUGUUCUAAAGUAAUAUUUUCGAGCUGUGAUCAAGGGACUUGGACUAUUGAAGCAAGAGCUAAAGAUACCGAUUCAGGUUUACUGCAAUUAACAUCAGUUCCUAAAGGGUUAUAUUUUAAAAAUGGAUUUACAACAGGUACCAAAGAAGAAGUUAGUGGUACAUACAGUGAUUCUUGUUGUAAUGCUGAUUUACAACUAACAGCCGUUGAUAGGGCUAACAACAGGCGGACAGUUACAGCAAAUGCUUACCGUGCCAUGUGGGGGCCAGGGCAAAUAGCAGCAGUAAUUUUAGGAAUAAUAUUGUUUAUUUUACUCAUUGUGCUGAUUGUAUACCUUAUUAGAAGAUGUUUAAAAAAGAGAGAAGAUUAUAAUCUUCCAACAUACCGAGGCGGGCGUAUAUGACAACUAAUUAACAAUAUCAGAGAUGAACAAAAGUUUUGGUACUAACCACCAACAAAGACUUUUAUUUCUUUUCAUUCCACUAGUUAUUAUCAAAUUGAUUUGUAAAAUACCUGAGCAUGAAAAGGACGGGUUAGAAGCAAACAGUAUUAAGCUCCAUCCAAUAAAAAAUAGUUAAAAUCAUAAAUUAGUAGCUAACAGAAAAAUUGUGAUAGUUAAGGAUUUAAUUGCAAUUUUAAAUGUGCUAUAUUUUAACAAAUUUUACUAUAAUUUACCUGUUUCAUAAUACCAUUGAGUUUGAUUUUGUCAAAACCAUCUCUUGUCAACUUUUAACUCAUUUUUAACUCCUUCAAAUAUUAGAAAUUAGAUGUAUUUUAUAUAACCUCG